CAAGGCCAAGCAGGACGAGUCCGCGAUGAAGUUCACCUCGUUUCAUGUCCCGCUGCCGCCAAACCCGAAACAUGUUGGUACCACGUACCUCAAAUCCGAAAACCAGACCUUGUGGCACAGAAAUGCUGUGAAGGCGAGCGCCGCCACCAGGUCGCGCGCUCAGGCAGAGGAACUGGCAGGGGCGACGUCUGCCGAGGGCAGACGCGGUUCCAAAGUCAUCGUGAUCCAUCCAGGCUCGCGCUUCCUGCGGAUAGGCAGGGCGUCCGACGUCACGCCAGCUUCCGUCCCGAAUGUCAUCGCGCGAAAGCACCAGCCUGUUCCUGCGCCAGCCUUCGUAGAAGGCAUCUCUCGCCCACGCAAGGACCGCGAACGCGGCGAGGUCUCUACCGUCGUCCAACCCGGAGACGAGUACUCCGUAGGUCUUGCAUCUGAUGAUCCCUUUGACGCCAAAGUUGCUGCGAUUCAAGUUUCGCUCAGAGAUCGUAUGCGCUUCUACAAACUCAGGGUGACCACGAAUGCCGCGGCGACUGCGUCUCAGUUCAAUGAGCAGUUCAAGCCCGAGACCAUACCAGAGGCGAAUGAUCCGUUUAGAGUAGACUGGAUUAAGGCGCCCUCAGACGAGGCCUAUGUUGUUGGAGACGCGGCACUCCGUUUAUCGGAUCCAGCGGAACUAGGCUAUGUGCUCAGGUGGCCAUUAUACGGUGGCAACUUCAAUACUCGUAAUUAUAAUUCUACUGAAGAGAUUUUGGGCGACAUCGAGACAAUAAUUACCGCCGUCCUCGAUGAAAAGUUCAACGUUGCCCCAAAGAGCUACAAGGAACACUCUGUUGUUCUGGUUAUUCCAGACUUCUAUGACCGCAGCUACGUACAGCGCAUGGUUCGGAUGCUGCUGGUGACCAUGGGAUUCAAACAGCUUUGUGUUCAGCAAGAGUCAUUAGCCGCCACCUACGGCGCAGGCAUCUCAAACGGCUGUGUGGUCGACAUGGGUGCCACAACCACGAGCAUAGCUUGCGUGGACGACGGGCUUGUUAUCUCUGACACAAGGAUAGUUUUGAACAUGGCCGGAAACGACAUUACAGAGUUCCUCUACGUUCUGCUGCAAAAAAUCAACUUCCCCUACAGGGACUUGGACCUGGCCCGCUCGUAUGACUGGAACGUCAUAGAAGAUCUCAAAGCGCGGCUUUGCACGCUUGCUGAGGGCGAUGUAGCCUUGAACCUGUAUGACUUUGUUGUCCGGCGUCCGGGAAAGUCCACCGAGAAGUAUGGUCUCCGGGCAUACGACGAAAUUAUCCUGGCACCCAUGUGCCUCUUCGAGCCGCGGGUGAUCGAGUUUGAGCAGAAGCGGACAGGCACGCGCCCCUACGCGUCGCUUGAGGUAACUGACGAGAUCCUCGAGCAGGCUGCGGACCACUUUACGCAGGCGAUGAUCAUCUCGACGCAGCACUUGCUGCCGUCCGCCCUCCCAACACCAAUCGUACUGCAAGAGGUCCCGCCGGCUAUGCAGACUACUGGCCUGAACACGCCGGCCGCGAGCGAGCCUCAGGCGGAAGCGACCAACGAUGCGUCCAGCGGUGCCGCCUCAGGUCCGCCCGAGGACGCGAUGGAGGCUACCCCCGGCGCCGAUGCGGGCGAGGAGCCGAAGGCAGAACCGGACCUCGCCAAGGCGGACAGCACGAGCACCGCCGACGGCGCGGCCGAGGUCAUCGACGUGGACGAAGCCGAGCUCGACGCCGCAGCCGUGCCGGCGGGAAGCAGCGUGCCGCCUGCGGCAGCGGGCCACCAGCAACAGCAGCAGGCGGCCGCGGGAACGCCGGCGGCGGCGACGUACCCGGGCGGGUACACGAUCGACGUCUGCUUCGAGGCGAGCAAGCUCCCGCUCGACGUCGCGAUCUUCAACAGUGCGCGCGCCGCGGGCGGCGACGAGAAGAUACGCAAGUACCUCCAGGCGGUGCUCGUCGUCGGCGGGUGCGCGCUCGUGCCCGGCAUGGGGCACGCGCUCGAGAGCCGGUUACAGGCCAUCGCGACACCGCUUGUACAGAGCAUGGAGAAGGUGCAGAUUAUUCCGCCACCUAAGGAUGUGGACCCGCGGGCGCUUGCGUGGAAGGGUGCCGCGGUCCUGGGCAAGAUGGAUGGUGUAGCCGAUCUCUGGAUCACUUCUCAGGAUUGGGACAUCCUCGGCAUGCGAGGGUUGAAAGAAAGGUGUUUCUACUUGUAGACACCUUCCGGCUUCUAAACGUCGACCGUCUGGCCGUUUCCUGGGUAUGGAAGAAUAUAGUUCGAUAGAUAGGCGACUUUGUACGACGCUAAGUCCGCUGUGUUCUAUAAUCUGCUACAGAGACGCCACGCUGUACAAUACGACAUAGAUUCGUAAACAAAACGAUAAGUGGGGGACUACUUCUGCACAUCAAUAAACCUCGGACACGUCGUUCGCGGCGUCCUAUUUCCGUCGUUUCGGAACGGAGAUGGACCCAGAAGCUUUGCGCUUAUGGCCGGAUGCCCCCUUCCUGGGCUUCUUGCCAGAACCAACAACGAUGGGUGCGCCUGGUUCGUCCUCGCAGUCAGGGCAGAACCACUCGCCUUCAGGCACCGCAUCGAGCGGUGGAUCAAGGCAGGCGAGAUGAUACGGGUUGUCGCACUUCUCGCACUCCAACAGCGAUGGGUCGUCGCCCGUGUCCUGGUUGCAUAUGACGCAUAGCUCGGGCGCCUCCAUGUCGAGCGGAUGCCGUGGCAUGUCCGAGAGCUUCUCGUUCGGCUUCGCGAGCAAGAACGUCGUGUUCUGACCUGCUGCCACUUGCAGAACGUGGAUCCCGGCCAGCGUCUUGUUCUGUGUCGGCUUUGUAGCGCUCUUUGGCUCGUCGGGACCCAGUCCGAGCUCACCGUUGGCUGCACCUUGUCCAAAAGCGAUAGCCAUGAUACUGCCAUCUUCCUCCUCGACGAGUGACCAGUGAGUGACGCCGCCACAGCUGGCAGCGAUCACAUUACAACCCAUAAUUUCCUGGAAGUACCUGAAGGAGGAGUACGGUUGCCCAGCAGAUCCAUCUCCGGUAUUCUUCCACUUGCCCGCCAUCCAAUACAUGUUUUGCUUGUCCAUGACAAUUGUAUUGGUCGGUCCGGCCGUGAUACCCUUAGCUGUGGUCGCGGGAUUAGGACCUGCGAAGCUAGGGACCACCUUAGGCACUAGGACGUCAUUUUGGAGACCGGUGCCAAGCCCCAUUCGUCCGUAACCGUUGCAGCCCCAGACAUGGACAAUUCCUUCGGAGUCCAUUGCAACGCUGUGCUGUUGCCCGCAGGCAAUCUGGACAAUGUGUUUGCUCUCCAGGCCCCUGAUUAACAAGGGCUCGUGUUCUGCAUCAUACACGAGCUUCCCGCCCGUGACAAUGUGUUCGCCGGUCUUGCCAUUGCCGAGCUGGCCCUUCUCUGCGCUGCCAAAUGCAUAGACCUUGCCGCUUUCAGUAAGGACGAGCGAGAAGUUCAAUCCCGCCGCAGCUUUGAUAACCUUCUCUUUGUGCUCCGCGUGAGUCGGUCCGUCAAUUAACCUGAACUUUGUGAUCUCAGGGCAGACAGGAUGCCCGCACUGACCCAUGUUGUUUGCACCGCACGACCACACCUGGCCUUCGCUUCCGACUAGGAGGGUAUGGCUCCUGCCACACGCUGCAUGGACGAAUUUCGUGCUAUCAGCUGCGCCGAGCGACUGUGGGGUCACCUUGAGCGGUGCGUUCUCAGAUAUCACGUCCCCGGGGGCACCGAGCACAGCGCGUUCAUUCCGUCCAAAGAGCCAAGCCGCUCCGUCUACGUCAAGGACUACACAGUGACAAGCUGAAUGAGAGGUAUGGACCGACAGCGCCUUCACGUUGCUCAACGACCGAAGAAUGUGCGGCUCGAGCAGGUCGGGGCCUUGAGUUUCAUCUGGAUCCUUCUUACUCCCUUUUCUGCCCAACUUGGCCCAGUCUGUCCCACCGCAGAGCAAAACUCGGCCCCAUUGUGGCUCUGUUUCAGAACUUGUGGCUCGGGCGGGCGGAUUCUCUG